AUGGGGAGAUGGGCUCGAUGUCGAGAAGAGGUAGAAGGUGGUAUCUCACAACCGAGAAAGUAUACUCUUGAUCUGGAUCUCCUCAAAGAAACAGGAAUGACUGGGUGUAAACCUGUAGACACCCCUACAGAGUAUAAUGUCAAAUUGAGUAAUGUUAAUAAUGGAGUCCCUGUUAGCAAAGAAAGAUAUCAGCGAUUAGUCAGGAAGUUGAUAUAUUUAUCUCACACGAGACCUAAUAUAUCAUAUGUCGUGAGUGUUGUUAGUCAGCUCAUGCAAGCUCCCUAUGAAGAACAUAUGACAGCCGUUGAACGCAACUUACAGUAUUUAAAGGGUACUCCUGGUAAAGGUCUUCUGUUCAGGAAGUCUAAUAAACGUGGUAUAGAAGCAUAUUUAGAUUCGGACUGGGCUAGAUCCGCUGUUGAUAGAAAGUCUAUGUCUGGAUAUUGUACGUUUUUCUGUGGCAAUCUGGUCACUUGGAGAAGUAAGAAACAAGGAGUGAUUGCUAGGAGUAGUGCAGAAGCCGAGUACAGGGCCAUGUGUUUGGGGAUAUGUGAAGAGAUCUAG